UACACGAGGGGCAGUAAACCACUUUCGUUUAUUAAUUUCGUUGUGUUUACGUUUGUUACACAACAUAAACUUUGCAUUCAUGUGCUUAACAUUUAAAUAGAGAUUACGUCUGCUUAUAAAACUUAAUAUUUAAAACUUUUGCACCACUGUGACGUUUUUAAAAUCAAACGAAACAACAUAUAUAUUUACAUGAAUGUCCAAAAUGACGGUUCUAAACUGGAUUAUCAUUAUUGCUGUCUGUAUAUUAAAUGAAGUUAUACCAGUCACGGGCUGUUAUUACAGCUACUACUACACCUACAGAUAUUGUAGUUAUUCUGGAGUUUCAACUUCUGCUAUCCCCGGGAUAGUGGUUGGUUGCAUCAUCUUUGCAGUUAUAGUUUUUGUUGUUGUUAUGGUUGUAUGCAAGCAGAUGAAUACCAGUGGGAAUAGACAAACCGUUGUGCGUCCAACCGCAACCAUAGCUACUGUUCACGCUCCACCUCCAGGACCAUCAUUUCAGCCAGCCGGGAUGAGUUAUCCCGCACCAACAGGACAGAAUAUGGCGUACCCACCUCCCCAGGGACAGUUUGGUUACCCACAACCUCCUCCUCCUCCUGGACAAUUUGGUUACUCACAGCCUCCUCCUCCACCACCUUACGGAGGUUACGGAGCACCACCCCCGAAGUAUUAGACAUUAAAGUAAAAGAAAGAUAAACAAAACUCAAGUCUGCAAGAUACACAAUUUCACAAAUUCACCAAAAGAAUUAUUACUGCUAUGCACUGCGUUGAUGUAUUUUUUUCUGAAAUAUUUCCCAUACUUCUCGAGCAGGACACAAAUGACGGCCUAUAAUGUGUUGUACUGUAAAGAUAUUUCUCAUACUCAAACAGGAAUACACAAUGUAAAUAUAUUCCUCAUAUUGAGAACAGGAAGAUAUUGCAACAACCUGUACAUAUGAUCCGAGUUCAUUGUAUGUUGUGAUUGUAGAACCCUCUUCUAUUACCCAGAUCGGUGACAAUAAACACAUACAAAAAUAUAUAAAAUGAAUAUUUAUAAAACAGCGAUUCGCAUUGUGAUUAUACAGUUUUAAAUGUCAAUGUAGCAUACUCGUGAGUUUUUGUAAUUUGUAAGUUGAAGACAUAUUUUUUUCUGCUCAAUGAUAUUUUUGAAGAACAAAGAUGUCCUACAGUUCAACAAUUCAUUAAAAAGGAAAAUCGAUUUCA